AUGUCUUCGAACGAUACUACAACGGAGGAACCUACACCCGUUCCUAGCGGGGAUGUUGCUUGGCUUUUGGCUUCUACAGCCUUAGUAUGGCUUAUGGUUCCAGGUGUUGGUUAUUUCUAUAGUGGUAUGGCUAGAAGUAAAAAUGCCUUAUCACUUAUUAUGCUUAGCGUCAUGUCUAUCGCUGUUGUUUCUAUUCAGUGGUGGUUAUUUGGAUUCAGUCUAGCAUUUUCUCCAUCCGGCAAUAAAUACAUUGGGGAUUUUAAAUAUGCAUUUUUCAGAGGUGUUGAUGCUACACCAUUGUCAGAACUCGAUGAACCAAUGGCUUCUGUAACGGUACCUGUUAUUGUCUUCGCCAUCUAUCAAUGUAUGUUUGCUGCGAUUACACCUGCUUUAGCUAUUGGUGCCGCCGCUGAAAGAGGUCGUAUUUUACCAGCUGUUGUCUUUAUCUUUAUUUGGACUACUGUUGUAUAUGAUCCAAUUGCUUGUUGGACCUGGAAUGUAAACGGUUGGUCAUAUAAAUUAGGUGGCCUUGAUUUCGCUGGUGGUACUCCUGUUCAUAUUUCUUCUGGCGCUGCUGCUUUGGCUUAUUGUCUUGUACUCGGAAAACGUCACGGUCAUGCUGGAAUGGCUUGUGUAGUAACAAAUUUAGCUGCUUCGGUUGGUGGUCUUACCUGGGUUUUACUUGAUUUUAGAUUAGAAAGAAAAUUAUCCACUCUUGGUUUUUGUUCCGGUGCAGUUGCUGGUUUAGUUGCUAUUACCCCCGGAUCCGGUUUUGUUGGUACCCCUGCCGCGGUAGCUUUUGGUUUCUGUGGUGCUUUAUGUUGUAAUUUUGCCGUUAAAUUAAAACAUGUCUUUGAUUUUGAUGAUGCAGUGGAUGUAUUUGCUGUACAUGGAGUUGGUGGUAUCGUAGGAAAUCUUCUUACUGGUAUUUUUGCUCAAAAAUCAAUUAUCGGUCUUGAUGGAACAACUGGUAUAGAAGGAGGUUGGUUAGAAGGGAAUUGGAUUCAAUUUGGUUAUCAACUUGCUGAUUCCGUUGCUGGAUUAGCAUAUUCCUUCUUUGUAACUUUAAUAAUUCUUCUCAUUAUGGAUAAAAUUCCUGGACUUUCCCUUCGUAUUGAUCCAGAAUCUGAAGCUAAAGGUCUUGAUGAAACUGAAUUAGGCGAAUUAGCUUAUUACCAUAUAGAUAGACUUGUUGCUGUUAAUACAAAAACUGGGGAUACUAGAAUUGUCAAGGAAGAAACAAUUCAUCAACAAAAUGAUACAAGUGUUGCGAUAAUGUAG